CGAUCAAUAAACUCCGCCCCUUAGUUUCUGUUGCUGCUCCCCACAAGCUUCUUUCAAAUUGGCGGAUUAAUGUACAUUUGCGACGGACUCGCUAGAAAGUAUUCCAGAUGAUUUUUCUGUGAAAUACUUACCAAAUUAAGAAAAAAAUGCACCAAGAAAGUUGUCAACGGACUUAAUUGUUUUACUUAAGGAUAUGUAAAUGACAUUAAGAUUAACUCGUAAAAGUUAGCGCCAAAUGCUGGCGUUCUCAAAGAAGAACACUUUCGCUAGAUAUUGCUGGCAGGAAAAUUGUUGAGUUCUCAUGCAGAUGCAUGGUUUGUUUUCAGACUGUAUGUCCAAGAUACACAAUGAAAUGGUGAAGCAGGGAAACAGGUUACAUACGUAAAUUAUUAAAUCACAACUGGACAGAAAGGAUAAAUAAAAAGAUGUUCCGCUUCAAAAUGGAAUCAGUUCGUACACGAGUGGUCUGUUUAUUUAAAUUAUGUUUUGUUCUCGUAGGAGUUAUGAUAUGUGUUAUGCCUUUCUUGCAAGUUUCUUACAUUCGAAAGAAACUACAAAUUAGAGAUCAAAAGUUUGACAUUUCAAAUUUACGCAGUUUCCAAAAACUUGACACGCCUGCAGUUGUACUUGUUUUCAGUCAUCGUGAUGCAUUCAGCCGCCGAGAACAAAUUAGAAAAACUUGGGCAAAGGGACAUAAGCACGUUUAUUUCAUGGUUAGUGAGCUGUAUUGUCCGCAUCCACCAGAAAACCGUAUCUCUGGAAAAUGUAUCCCAAAAGGUAAAUCUGUGAAUCGGAAACACGCGCAAAAAUAUAUAGAAAAAGAGGAAGCAGUUACAAGAAAACUUCGCAAUGAAUCAAACGUAGUGUUAUUAAAUAAUGUAGAUGUUUUCGAGGAAUUACAUAAGAAGAUAAAUGAAAGUUUUACUUGGGCCAUACGAAAAGUGAAUGCACGAUGGAUCAUACAUGUAGAAGAUUCAAUGGAUGUGAAACUAGAUACGUUAGAACAUCAUCUUUUAUCAAAGUUUGACGAAACUAAAAUCACUGUUUUAAUAGCAUUACUGAAAUGUGAAUCUGCACUGGACAUAGGCAAACGGGGUCUGUCUUGUAAUUCAAGUUUAAAACAAGGUCAUUUUACUCUAUCUUCCUGUGCUUUUAAUCACAUUGUGUCGCGACAAUAUGUUGCAUACUUGGAAAAUGGCGGGAAACAUAUAUUUGAAUAUAUUGACACGUAUAAUGGCAGUACAACACGAGUCACGGACUCUCAAUUUAUACAAUCUAUUCAUCGAGAAGACGAUUCUGGUUUAAUUACAAUGAAUGAAAAGGGUAAUAGUACAGGAAUACUAAUUCUAGACUUAAGCUUCAAGUCCAAUAAAACAUAUAUUCAUCCGGACUGUUUACGAAUAAGACCGAUUAAAAGUUCACAAACAAAUAACACAGUAUAUCCAUUGACUGAAAACCCUUCAAACUACUUACAUUCGGAUAGAUUUGACUUAAUAGUCAAAAUGGCCUAUGCAUAUUAUUAUGUUUUUGAAAACCGAGUACCACUUGUGAUUCAAACUGCAUAUAUCGAACAUUUGAGAGUAUGGAAUCAUUUUAAGGAAGGGUGUAACUUGAGAAAAUCUUGGUAUGAUUCAAAAAUAGCAUGUACUGCAAAACAGAACAGUUCGGAUUUUCUUGCAUCGUUCCAUAAUACAAUAGAAACUAUUAAAAAGUAUGGGUUUAAUUCAAGCGUGUCAAGGAUUCCUGUUGAUAGAAACGGAUUUCUUAACAAUGGCGCACAUAGGACGUCGGCCUCCGUAAUUUUAUCCAAGAAUGCAACUUUCGAACAUCACACGUACAAGCAACAUUUUGGUUGGGGAUAUAAGUAUUUCAAAGGUUUGGGAAUGUCAGUAAAAUCUUUCAAUGUUGUCAUGUUAGAAUGGAUGAAAAUACAGAUGAAGCUGCCAUAUUUUAACACGUUCACUUCCAUGUUUCAAUAUUUUCAAACGAUAGAAAGAAGAAGCAAUGCGUAA